AUGUUAAAAAAACAAAAAUAAUUUAUCGAAAACCCAAUCCAUGACUUAAGUGUUUGUCCAACUAAUAAACUUACACUUUCCUCUCUUGAUAAACCCCUUUUCCCAACUCCCUGGAGAAGUUAUCAACAUUAUAAUAUACAAACACCAACUAUCUUAAUUAAUCAAACUGACAGAGUCUAAGAAAUGUCCUUUCAAAUUGAUAAACUUAAACCUCGUUAUAGUAGAUCAUUAACAAAAAAUAGAAAAUAAUAUCUAUAAGAGACUGCAUAAAAUGUAUAUGAUCCAAAACCUAUGGAAAAACAAAUUUUAAAUGGUAGUCGUCUUAAAUUUAAUGGGGACUUAAGUAUGAACCUUUAUUAGGAAGAACCUAAACAAUAAUUGCUCCUUCCUCUUAUGUUAGAUUUAUAUUUUUUACAUUCUUUUUAGAACAGAAUCUGUCAAGGUUGGUUCAAUCACUAUUAGUAAAGAUGUGGCUCUACCUAAAUAUCUUGAUCCUCCAAAAAGUAAAAGGGUUGGCUUCAAAAAAUUACCUGAAUACUCUAUUCGUAGAUUCAGUCAUGUGGAUGAUUUGGUCGAACGAGUAAGAUUGUAAUAAGUUGAUAUCCUUAAAAAAUAUUAAGCCAAAUCCUUUUCGAAGGAUAUAUAGAAUAAACUUAAAGAUGAGCUAUUUAUUAUACUUAAAUAAUUUGAAUGA